GUGCGGACUCCCCAGUCCCCAGUCCCCAGUCCCCACUGCUUCUCCGGCGCAAAUUAGGACACUCCCCACAAUCGUUUUCCUCGGACACCCUAACCUCCGAAAACUCCACGCACUUUCCCGUCGAUUUCUCUCUCUCCUACAUCGACAUGGUGGGCCAACAAUACCAGUACCACCAUUUGCUUGACAGAGGCGAUCUUCUCAAGGCCAACGCUCGCUUCUUGCAGCUUCAGCUCCGUCAACGCUUCCGCGUCGCCGUAGAUCGCCACUUCUACCGUCGCUGCGAUUCUCUCUCCUCCGCCGUAGAUGGCCGCGUUCCCUCCGCCGUCAAACGUUGGCUCCACCGCUUUCGCGAUUUUCGGCAUAACUCUCUCCCCUCCUCGACCUCCGCCUCCUCCUCUUCCGCAUUCUCCCGCAUAAAACGAGUUAAGAGGGACAUUUUUGCUGAAGAAGAGUCAGCAAUCACUCGCAUGGUUCAAGCUGUGGCAGUACCUGUUCUUGGGAAUGUUUGCCAUGUAUUUAUGCACGGACUCAACCGCGUACAGGUUUAUGGUGCAGAGAAGUUACUUAGUGCUGUGCAGAGCAAAUCUAAAGAGAAGCCUCUAAUAACAGUUAGUAAUCAUGUUGCUUCUAUGGAUGAUCCACUUGUUAUAGCAUCGUUGCUCCCUCCAAGUGUUCUCAUGGAUGCUCAAAACUUAAGAUGGACCCUAUGUGCAAGUGAUCGAUGUUUCAAAAAUCCAGUCACUUCUGCAUUCUUCAAGUCUCUAAAGGUUUUGCCUGUUUCAAGGGGUGAUGGGAUUUACCAGAAGGGUUUGGAUACCGCUAUUUCUAAACUAAAUAACGGCGGUUGGGUCCACAUUUUCCCUGAAGGUAGCCGUUCUAGAGAUGGUGGAAAAACUAUUGGGUCAGCCAAGAGGGGCGUAGGGAGGUUGGUAUUGGAUGCGGACAAAACUCCAACUGUUGUUCCGUUUGUGCAUACUGGUAUGCAAGAUAUUAUACCUAUUGGAGCCAGCUUUCCUAGGAUUGGCAAGACAGUGACAGUACUAAUUGGCGAUCCUGUAGAGUUUGAUGAUUUGCUAAACGCUGAAGAAACGGAUCUUGCAUCAAGAGGAAAAUUAUAUGAUGCUGUAUCUACAAGGAUAGGUCAACGACUGAACGAACUGAAACUCCAGGUGGACAAAUUGGCCCUCGAGAAACCUCGUCAAAUGAAAGAAUAUGCCUUAAAGGGCAUCGACCGAGCUGCUGAGAUCUUGCAGCAAGUUGAUUGGGAAUUGUUUGGCAUGAGUAAUUACAUUUCAUCGCAGAAUGAGUCAGAAAUAUCUGAACUAGAAAAUCAAAUCGAAGAAGUGAUUCACUCGCAUCAAGAGGAGUCUAUCUCUAAUUUUGAAAAACGGACAUGGUUUACUGGUGGCGGCAUUAUGUCUAGAAUCCAGAGAUUCAAGAAUUCCACAGAUCAUAUAGGUUUUGCUGCAAGAGGCGUAUUGCCAAAUCAGUUGAACCGUGUUUGUCAGGAGUAUUGGCAGUUGAAUCCCUCGAGAGCAUGGAAACAAUCUUUGGAAGCUAGUUACGGUGCAACAGUGAAUCUAUGCUAGCACUUUGUAGUAAAAUCAAAACUAACAGUAUCUUCGUUAGGGAUAACGACUCCCUUUGAGUUGGCUCGUACUUUCUAGACAGCAGCAUCCUAUAAGCCUGGAAAAUGUACAGAAAAAAAAAAGAUAACUAAUGUAGUGAUGUUGUCUGACAAAUGUAGAUAUGAACUUAUUACUUCUGUUCGUAAAGGGAAUAACUUUGUCCCCAAGUUUUAGUUUCAAGUUUCAACCCUGAAGAAUCAGGAAAAUGUAAGUUAGUGUAGUGAAGGGUCGAUAUUGAAGAUUUUGAUGGUAGAAGUUUCUGUUUCUCCAGCAGUAACUUUGUAACAGAAUAUUUAGUGUCUGGUUUCGAAUGCUUGAAUUUGUUUGGUUUAUCCACUUUUUUCUCACUUAUUUAGAGAAGGUGGGGAGACAACAAACUAGAUUUGAUUUAACUCAAUUUUACUUAA